UGAAGAGGAAGUAGAAAACACACCCAGAUGUAAAUAGCAGAUGAAGCAAGUUAUUCUUAAAUCCCAAACCCAACUCCUAAAUCAAAGCAUAUCCAUCACAUGCACACGUACAAACUCAUCCCAUUUAUAAUCUCAUUCGCAACCGUUCUGUUUUGUGUUUUGUUCCAUUUCUAUACAGUAAACACAACAAUUACACGUAGAAACACAAAACAUGUCGGACUGGGGACCAGUGUUUGUUUCAAUAGUGCUGUUUGUUUUGUUGACGCCAGGAUUAUUGUUUCAAAUACCUGGACGGUCAAGAUGUGUGGAGUUUGGAAACUUUCAGACAAGUGGUGCUUCAAUACUCAUUCACUCCCUUCUCUAUUUUGGUUUCGUUUGCAUUUUCUUCCUUGCAAUUAAGAUUCACUUAUACAUCGGCUAAAAAUUCUUAAUUCACUCAUCAUGUUUCUGCAAUGCUGUAUUUUUUGUUCUGUAUUUUUUGUUAUUCCCGUUCUUAAUUAUUGGGUGUAAUCAACGGCCUUUGUAUUCUUUUAUCCUUAGAUGUACUCAGUUUUCCUUUGAAAUAUUAAUGAA